CCACGUAAAAAAGAAAGCCAAUAAAUUGAUUAAACAACCUUCACAUAACGUAGCCAUUUUCGACUCUCCCUCUUCCUCGGAGAGUUCUUAUAUUUCAUCUUCAUUUCCAAAUUCUCUUAUACAUAGUAUUACAAAUUAAAGCUCUUUGAAUUUCUUGAUCACAGUUACAACUACCUACUUCAAUGGCGUUUCCAGACAACUCUACCCGGAAAUCUUUAAUCCCAAGUUUUCUUUACACGACUAAUAUGGACCAUCUUGGCAAUAAUAUGGAUAGAUCAUCUCAGCCAUCCAUUUUACCAUCAUCAUCACCGACGAUGGAGAAGAAGCCUUUCUUGAUUCCAGCACCAAAGGAGAAUUCAGAUUCAGGUUAUAAGGUAGAAAUGUAUUCACCGGCAUUUUAUGCAGCCAGUACCAUCGGUGGUAUUCUGAGUUGUGGUCCUACUCACACGGCUGUCACCCCUCUCGAUCUUGUCAAGUGCAACAUGCAGAUUGACCCAGCGAAGUACAAGAGCAUUUCGUCUGGUUUUGGAAUUUUAUUUAAGGAGCAGGGUAUUAGAGGAAUGUUUAGGGGUUGGGCACCUACUCUGGUUGGUUACAGUGCACAAGGAGCAUGCAAAUAUGGAUUCUAUGAAUAUUUCAAGAAGUACUACUCAGACCUUGCUGGCCCUGAAAAUGCUGUCAAAUACAAGACUUUAAUUUACCUUGCUGGUUCUGCUUCUGCUGAAGUUAUUGCUGAUGUUGCCCUUUGUCCAUUUGAGGCUGUUAAAGUUCGUGUACAAACUCAGCCUGGUUUUGCUAGAGGCUUGUCUGAUGGACUUCCCAAACUUGUCAAGGCUGAAGGAGCUGCCGGGCUUUAUAAGGGGAUUGUGCCUCUCUGGGGACGACAAAUUCCAUACACCAUGAUGAAGUUUGCAUCAUUUGAAAACAUUGUGGAACAACUCUAUAAGCAUGUCAUUCCAGUACCAAAAGACCAGUGCAGCAAUUCUACGCAGCUCGGUGUGAGUUUUGCUGGUGGAUAUUUGGCUGGUAUUCUUUGCGCUGUUGUGUCACACCCUGCUGAUAACCUAGUUUCUUUCCUCAACAAUGCCAAGGGGGCGACUGUGGGCGAUGCUGUGAGUAAGCUAGGACUACGGGGUCUCUGUACUCGUGGUCUUCCCCUUCGUAUAUUCAUGAUUGGCACACUUACUGGAGCACAAUGGGGCAUCUAUGAUUCUUUCAAAGUUUUCGUUGGCCUGCCAACCACCGGUGGUGCAGCUCCUCCAGCCCAGAAGUGAAGAAAGCAUUGAUGAUUACGUAAUAUCUUCUUCUUGUUUUCCACUAGUUCUAAGGGAACUGGAAAUUCUUUCAAUUUAAGUUUUGACUUUUGAUAUAUGGUAACAUUAGUUUUGAAUUCUUUAAAGGUUUGUAGUUGUAUCGGAUAUUUUGGAGGAUGAAUCAUCCUCGGCAUUAUUGGGUUUAAAGUAGUAUCACUUGGUCUGUAAACAAGUUUUUUGGAUUUACAAUAAUAUGGCAAAUUUAUAAUGAGAA